GAGCCGCGGGCUCAGAGAGGACCCUGUCCCGGGCCACGUCGAGCCUGGGAUCCCCCGGCAGCCCUGGGCCCCUCACUCCUUGUGCGAUGAGGACCCUCGCCCUCAUCCAGCGCCCACGCUCUGAGCCAGCGGAGACCUGACUCAGUUUCCCCAGGGGCCCUGAGAGGCCUGCCCGCCUGGUCUGGCCUCGGCAUCUCCAAGACACCCCUACUCCCCACCGCGAGGUCCACGGAGCCCCAGGUGCACCUGAUCCUGUGCCAGCCAUUCCCGUCUGCGACCUCAGCCCAAUGGGGUGGUGACCGUGCCCAGUGGACCCCGGCGGCGCCAUGUGGCCCAACAGCAGCGCCCUGGGGCCCUGCUUCAGGCCGACCAACAUCACCCUGGAGGAGCGGCGCCUGAUCGCCUCUCCGUGGUUCGCCGCCUCCUUCUGCCUGGUGGGCCUGGCCUCCAACCUGCUGGCGCUGAGCGUGCUGGCAGGCGCAAGGCAGGGGGGCUCCCACACCCGCUCCUCCUUCCUCACCUUCCUCUGCGGCCUGGUGCUCACCGACUUCCUGGGGCUGCUGGUCACCGGCACCAUCGUGGUGUCCCAACACGCCGCCCUCUUUGACUGGCACGCCGCCGACCCCAGCUGCCGCCUCUGCCGCUUCAUGGGCGUGGCCAUGGUCUUCUUCGGCCUGUGCCCGCUGCUGCUGGGCGCUGCCAUGGCCUCAGAGCGCUACCUGGGCAUCACCCGGCCCUUCUCGCGGCCGGCCACCGCCUCGCAGCGCCGCGCCUGGGCCAUGGUCGGGCUGGUGUGGGCCGCCGCGCUGGCGCUGGGCCUGCUGCCCCUCCUGGGCCUGGGCCGCUACACCGUGCAGUUCCCUGGCUCCUGGUGCUUCCUCACGCUGGGCAAGGAGCCCCACGAUGUGGCCUUUGGUCUGCUGUUCGCGCUGCUGGGUGCCCUGUCCGUCGGCCUGUCCUUUCUGCUCAACACCAUCAGCGUAGCCACGCUGUGCCAUGUCUACCACGGGCGGGAGGCCGCCCAGCAGCGGCCCCGGGACAGUGAGGUGGAGAUGAUGGCCCAGCUCAUGGGCAUCAUGGUGGUGGCUAGUGUCUGCUGGAUGCCCCUGCUGGUCUUCAUCACGCAGACCCUGCUGCGGACGCCACCAGUCAUGAGCCCCACUGGCCAGCUGCCCCGAGCCACGGAGAAACAGCUGCUCAUCUACCUGCGCGUGGCCACCUGGAACCAGAUCCUGGACCCCUGGGUCUACAUCCUCUUCCGGCGCGCUGUGCUCCGCCGCCUGCACCCUCGCCUCAGUGCCCGGCCCAGGCCGCUCUCUCUCAGGCCCCAGCUCACCCGGGAGCCCGUGCGCCAGUAGGACUUGGGGUGGACACCGAGGGUGGCUCUGGAAGGACAGGCAGCGACUCUUGCCAGCCGGCUUAAGCCUCCUGUCUGUCCUGCCACUUAGGUCUGCCUGUCUGGGUGUUCAGGAGCCCAGGGCGCUGCAGGGACAGUGGCCUCUGUAGGGUUGGCGUCUCCUGACUCAUGGACCUGCCCCCAAGCAGGCCAUGCAGACUCCUUCGUAAUGACUUUUCUCAAUUUUAAUCGUAGCCUAAAUAUAGCCAUAAAUGCUUCCGAUGUAACAUUUCUUAGGUGAUAUGAAUACUAACAGCAAAAUUGGUUUUGUAAAAUCUUUCUAUAUUGAAUUCCAACAUCAUGAGUUAAGAGGCAGCGCCUAAAAUUUUUUUUUAAUUAAAAAAAUAUUUCUUUGCCUUUUAAAAUGUUUAAUCUGCUUUUAAGAGAGAAAAAAAUGUAAUCCUUUUCUAAGAAAUCUCAAACUAUAGAUACAAUGUCUACAGUUACCAUUACGAAUUGCUACAAUGUUGUACUAAAAAGCUGGGAAGGUCGACAAAUACCAGGGAGUGGAAAACACCCCCCCCUACGCCUCCCUGGCCACAGGGAGCGUUGUGAUUCGUGCAGGCGGAGUCACGUGACCGGGAUCCGCGUUAUGAUUGGGUGAUCAUGACAGCGCCCACCUGAGCGCCAUUGGAAGGUUCAGGGACUCAAUCCGCGGCAGCUUUUGAGCCUCAUAGUCUUGUGGGAACGCAGCGGAUACAUGUAAGCUGGGCUUUUUUGUUGGGUUUUUCUUUUUUUAAUGAUCACUGACUACAGGAAUAUUUUUAUUAAAAAAUAUAAUAAAGUUCUGA